AUGGGUUCAAUUUGUAAAUCUGUUGAUGAUGUUAGUAAAGUUCAUCCAAGAAGGAAAGCAAGUUAUGCAGAUUUACAUACUUGGCCAGAAUCUGAUAAAGAGUUUCUGAAAUCUGUAAGUCUUUCUCAAGAUCAAGAACAAGGAGGAAAGGUGAUGAAGAAUGGUCCUCCAAGGGUUUUGGAUUCUAUUUCUUGUAGAAAUAUGUAUAUAAGAAGUUAUAAAUUUACAACAGAGAAGAAGAAAGAAACAGUUCCUGAGAAAACUAAGAGAUGUUUUGGUAAAGUUAAAGAUAAAGUUGUUCUGUAUAACAAGAGAUCAUCAUCAUCAAAAGGGGGUAGUGUUAUUGCCACUAAUGGUGGUAAAAAGUUGAGAAGAAGAAGAAGAAAGUGUACUAUUGUGAGGAAAGUUAAAGAAUCUCUGUUUUCUUUGUUCCGUAAACUACUUUCUUGUUCUACUAGUGUUGAUGUUGUUGAUCAUCAUCAUCUUAGUAGUAAAAUCUUUUAG